CUUUUGCGGUACAUUAUUUCGCUCUGUAUUUUGGCAGCUUGUAGCUUUAGUAACAUUCCAUAUUUUAAUUGGUGCUCUUUUAUCCCAAGCCAAUUUUUGAUUGCCUUGGGGUUGCUAUUAUCCUUGUAUUGUCCAGCUAUCGUCCAGCACUGCCACGACAAGAUGAUUAUGUGAGUCAAAUUGGAGUACACACAGCGGCCAGCUGGAAACAAGUCGUGGCCAACGACGAGAAACACUGAAGAAACACACGAAACAAAACAGAACCACGUUCUGGAUUGCGAGACGACGACGACGACGAUAAGGUACAAGCUAAGGGAAAGAGGUGUCUACGAUGCAAUGAACCAUAUGUCAUGUGUACGUAAGCCACCAGGCUUACACCAGCCCGAGCACGCAUGCAGUCAAAGCAGUCAAUGAUGAACCUCUUUGAGGUUAAUGUACAGAACUACUACCAGCGACUCUUCGAUCACCAUUUGAUACCCGACCCACAAGUAAUUCAAGAUUCCAGUUUACUAUCUCCUCAUUGUCCGGUCUGCUCGCACCGACUCUAUGCGUGCAUUGAUUGUCGUUUCGUCGCCUGCAACAGUCCGACGUGUGCAAGUGCCGACCUUGUUCCCGGCUUGGUGUGCUGCCAGGGGCACCCUUAUGAGAACUUCUGCCGUGCAUGCUUCCCAAAUGCCAAGGACUCAGGUCUAUUUAUCCAGUGUGCAUUUUGCGAGUACUGGCAUUGCGAAAAGUUCAUGAGGAAGUGCGUGGGGCGACCCGUUACUCCGCAUCAACUUGCCCGAGAACAUGCUCCCAAUUACUUCUCGUGUUAUACUUGCUUUCGCAGUGCUUCCAUGGGGAAAACGUGCAGUGAGAGCGACUGCUGGUCUCGCGGACAUGAUGAUAACGAAGGCGCAAUUUGUUCUGAUUGCAUCGGAUCUAUGGACGGUCACACAGCUUGCGCCUGCGAAGAGACCUGGAUUUGUGGCGCGUGCGCUCAGAAGACAGUUCUGAAGACCGGUCGACGCUGUCCAAGAUGUCGAACUCUUUAUUGUUUUGCAUCAUGCGAAUACAUCGAUGCAUGUGUGGCGUGUCCACAAGUGCGUCUAUGCAACGAUUGCAUGGAACUCGAAGAAGACAUCCCUGGCACAUAUGAGUCUUCAUUGGCGAACACGGACACAUUCCUCACGAGGGAAUGCGAAGACUGCGACUUCACAAUCAGAAUCUGCGCGGACUGCAAUGGGGAUCGUGAUUACUGUUGCCGGUCUUGUCUCCGUGUUUAUUGCCAGGAUUGCAUGGGCAAUGGCAAGUGUUCGCGUUGUAGCGUGCCUGUAUGUCUGGAUUGUGAAAUGGAGGAUGGAAUUUGUUGCGAGUGUAGGGACUGAUACCGCACGGAGAGCUAUAGGACUUCAGAUGGGAUUACGCACUAGUCCUCAGAGUGGUGGUGGAGUUUGUCUUCAUCGGAUCAGUGAAUCCGUUGAUGGUGCACGUCGCGUUCACC